AAUACGGAGGAAAAAUUGUGAAUGAAACUGCUGUCGAAAGAAGUACACAAAUGUCGUCGACGGCGAUAUGGCGGAUUUUGACGAUUUAAAGCACAUGCUGAUGAGUUUCCGAGUUUCAGAGCUCCAGGUGCUCCUUGGGUAUGCAGGAAGGAACAAGAGUGGCCGCAAACACGACCUACAGACCCGUGGCCUGGCACUCCUCAAGAACGGCUGCAGCACCUCCGUCCAGAUCAAAAUCCGGGAACUGUACCGGCGCCGGUUCCCCCGCAGACUGAUCAACCCACCCCAAUUCAUGCCGGGCAUGUCAGAUGGGGCGGGGUCGGGAGGCGGGACCACUCACCCUCACCAUCCUGUGAGCAACCCCCCUCUCCCGUCCUACCCGACGGCAAUGAAUAUGCACCAGUCGGUGCCACAUGAACUGUUAGGAGCCGCCUGCCAGCCACAACCGUUUCACCCUGAUGUGAAGCUGAAAUCAUUACCCUUCUAUGAUGUGCUCGGCGAGCUUGUCAAACCAACGGGAUUGUUGCCCCCAGUUGGAAGCAAGUUCCGAGAGGUACACAGAACCGUAUUUUUCCACUUCACCCCGGCACAGAUGCAGCUUAUCGUUGAACAGAAAGCACAAGUGCAAUUAAGGUUUUGUCUGGCAGAGACGAGUUGCGACCAGGACGACAAGUUUCCAGCCAGCGUCUGUGUCAAAGUCAAUAGCAAACUCUGCCCGUUGCCACCAUUCCUGCCACAGACAAAAGCAGGGACCGAACCCAAGCGGCCCAGCAGACCGGUCAAUAUCACGCCCCUGGCACGGUUAACUCCUACCUCACCCAACCAAGUAGACGUCCAGUGGAUCCCAGAGAUCGGCCGGUCCUACUGUGUAGCUGUCUAUUUAGUCAGACAACUUUCAGCGGAGAUUCUUUUUCAGAGAUUGAAGAGCAGUGGAGUCAGGAAUGCAGACCACUCCAGAGCACUCAUCAAAGAGAAGCUCUCCCACGAUCCUGAGAGCGAGAUUGCCACCAUGAGUCUGCGGGUCAGCUUGAUGUGCCCCCUGGGCAAGAUGCGCAUGUCCACCCCUUGCCGGCCCAUCACCUGCUCCCACCUGCAGUGCUUUGACGCUGUACUGUACCUCAAGAUGAAUGAGAAAAAGCCCACGUGGAUCUGCCCUGUCUGCGACCGCAAGGCACCGUUUGACUCACUCAUUAUUGAUGGCCUUUUCAUGGAGAUCCUCAGCCACCACACGCCGAGUCUCGAGAUCCAGUUCUUGGAGGACGGCUCGUGGCAGCCGCUGUCAGAGAAGAAGCGCAGCUACAGCUCAGUCAUGAACAUCAGCAACGUCUCAGAUGGGGAUGGCUCAACACCACCAAGUAAGAAGUCUAACAUGGAGUGUAUCGACCUCACCAACUCCAGCUCAGAGGAUGAGGGAGACGAGACAGAGGAGGAAGUCAGCAGCGACACUGACUCAGAGGAAGAGAUCAUCCCAAUGCCCAGACCCCAGCACCGCGCCCCGGCCAUGCGUGUCCAGGACGAGGAGGAGCCCGACCUACGCCUUCAGGACACCAGCGUUCUGUCGCCGCCACCACCCAAGUCACCCCCACCACUCACCACGGCGAACAAACGUGCUUCUCCUCACCGGUACCCCAUCGACUACAGUGUAGGCCCGCCUAUGCCAACCUCACACCACUCCAACGGCAUGCCCACCAUGGAGCUCGGCCCCUCGCCGCAUGCCCAACUGGGCCUGUUUGGGGACUAUAGUCCCUUCCUACCCAUGCAGCCAUCCAUGUCCAGCACGGACUAUGCCAGCAAUAUGGAUUUAUAUUCUUUACUGCACAGUGAAUCACAGUCGCAGUACAUGCCCCCGCUGUCCUACAUGGACCACCUAGCCACCUCCAGCAGCAGCCUGCGCAGUGUCAGCAGCCUCAGCACGGUAGCCAGCAGCAGCAGUUCGGGCACCAGCCGGGCAGCCAGCAACGGCAGCGCCAGUGGGAUGCCGGGCAGCGGCUACAGCUUGUCGGACGUCAUCUCACUGGAUUGACAGCUGGACCCCAGUCCCGCCGAGGCUAGACCACCAAGAGCGGCUGGGCCGGGGAGCUACGUCGUACCCUCAACUUACACCAAUAGCAGUAGCCACCACCACCACCCACACGCGCACCCCCAGCACUUUCCUCACCCACAGCACCUCCCUUACUACUACAGCACUGACCCCCAGGGCUAUCUUAUCAGCUACGCUACCAACUACCUGCCAGGUCUCAGGUAGUAUCUGGCUAGUCUCACCAGCUUGAACUCCCUUCAAAGAGACUUCAUGUGCGUAGUGGGUUGGAUUUUUUGGGUUGUAGUGUUUUUUAACUAGUUGUACUUUGUUGUGUUGCUCUUAAUGGUGAGAUUUAAGUGGGAUGUGGUGGUAGUGUCUUUGAGUGCCCUGCUUGAGGUGUGUGUAGCCGUCGGAACAUGCAGGUGCUGUCUUGCCCCAAUGGCAAGUUACCUGGGACAGAUUUCUGUGGAGUUGUAAAGCAGAGAUUAUUACUACUAGAUAUGUGGUCAGCGAAAGAAAAAGAAGCUAGUCAGCCGAAGAGGAACCAACUAUUUGGAGGUGCCAGCCGGUUUGUUGCCAGCAUGCAGUGAUGUGUUGGGUAGUUGUUCCUUUCCUCUCUGAUAAGGGUUACGUUAUUUCCCCUUCAUAGGGAAAGUGUAAGUGUCUUAAUGUGUGUCUUUCUGCUGACUGUCUUAAAGAAGAAUAGAGCAGGUGAUUCUAUAUAUGAUAUCCAAAUGGUUAUUGGAGUGGCACUGUAAAGAAGAAGUAUAUACUGUCUGAAGAUUCAAGUGAGAUUUGUCAGUGAAUGUUAGAAAUGUGAAUUUUGUUCUGUUUCAUGUAACUCGAAGACACAUUGGUUGAAACGAACAACACACCUUGUAAGAAAGGAUGGCUGUUUCCAAAAUCAGGUAUCUGUGAAAGAUUUCCAUGAAAUAUGUAAGCUUCCCGCGAAAUGCACUGCAAGAAAAACACCCCCCCCGUGCAUUUUGCAUCAUGCUCAAAAGGUGUUAUUAGAAUCACACAUAAAUGUAAGCAACUGUUUCCAAAAAUGGCUCUGUGGUUAGUUACACAUGUACAUGUAUUUGAUUCUUUUUAGGUUUUUUCUCUUCUUUACCCAAGAACAAAGUAUUCUACAUUUCAUCAGAGAGUACGCUUGAUUUUUUAACAUUAUUUUCCUGAAAUAUGUGCAUACAGCCACAUAGAAACCACUUUGAGACGUAUUAGCGAAAAGUAUGUUGCGAGAAGACGAGUAGGGUAUAAGUGGCUAUUGACUUUAAAAUGGCACCAAACCUAAAUUGAAUCAUCAUUAUGAAAAAAAACCUGUGUAGCACUUGAACGCAUGCACUUCUGUACAUACAUAAUGCACAUUAUAUGGCACGCUUGUCUUCAGUGGGUUAUGUAUCAGUGCAAUCAAGGAUUUAUACCCUUUAUGUGUGAUGGCGUUUGCAUUUUGCAAAUGCAGGUUUGCAGUUGGCCAAACAGCUUCUUCUUUUUUUUUAAUUUUUUUCUGUUUUCCUAUGAAAAUAAUGGUACAAAUUAUUCGCCACACUGUUUUACAGAAUGUAAUUUUGUGUUUCAUGGUCUUUUUAGUAACUGUUAAUUAUGUUUCCCAUUUGAAUUUCAAAGGAUUUUUAUCUGAUCAUUCUGUGCGAGAAAACCAAUUUUGUGUUGGGAAAUGUGUCAUGAAAAACGAACUGGAGGUUUUGUCUUUAUGUUAAACCUGGGCUGUAUACAAUAACACAAUACUGUGCAUACUUCAUAUGUGUGGGUACCAGUGCAUAUACAGAGUACUGUUGAAUGCAUUUCUGGUUACAAUGAAAUCUUCAGCAGCAUUGUGACUGGAUGCCGUGCAGAGUCUAACUUGUUUGAAUUAAUUUCUUUGUUUCGUCUUUUUCCCCCUUCCUGUUUAUCCUUUUUAUAUCUUUCACCAGAUUAAUAAACCAGUUUAUCGUACGGACUUUGGCACAAAUUGUCUUCUGAGUCCCCAAGCAAAACCUAAGUACAUGUACAUCUGGUGGUGCGGUUUCAAACUUACAUGUAUGUACAUGUAGCAAGGCUUUGGUGAUUGAGUGCUUGGAAUGUGCAGGAUUGAGGCAGUUUCGACAUAAUCCCAACACAGUCCUGUGACAAGUUUCCAUAAACUCCAUGGAAAUACUUCAACUAUUGUAGUGCGGUACACACUGCCAUGAUGGUGGCGGGGGUCAUCAAAAUUUGAUAAACACCAAUUCACCAGUCCAGUCUACAAUACCUGAAUGCUUCGGUUGGGUUUGCCUAAAUAGCUUGUGACUCAAGACUCGGGAUCCACUUUAAUGAACCCUUAAGAAAUUGUGAUGGACUUAAAUGCAAUGCCGAUGGGAAUAAGCCAGAUUAGCUUUGGGCUAAGCUUCUGUCUCGGCAAGAAAUGCAGAGAAGAAGAUACAAUUAUUGAUGAGCCACACUUUAUGAUGUGUAUAUAUUAUUGUUGUGUAUUCUCACUCAUUCUUCAAUCUCCAGGAAACUAUAUUUUUCACGCUCAGUAUUUUGCCACUUCAGACAGCCUAAAAUUGCUAUACCUAUGUCUGUCUCACUUGCACUUCCAUGAGCUACAUUGGUAUAAAGUGUCUUGCUAAGGGGCACAACUGCUCGGAUUAGCUCAACUUUAUAACGUGAAGCUGAACUUGAGAGCCAACGCAGAACUUGGGAACCGAGUUCUUGUGCAGACUUUGCAGAUUCGUGUUUAUCUGUUGCACCUGUACAAUUAAUACCAUUUCAUUUACUCAGCUGUAGAUGUACAUUAAGCUGCUAGUCCAAGUUUAUGUGUCAGGUUUGGAGCGUCAAAACAGAAAAUGAGAGGAAAGAAAAAGCUCUCUGCAAAUGGUACCAAAGCCUGUGCCAACAUAGCUUAUGUGUUUAUAAAGUGAAUCCUAUUUAUGGAAAUUUAUAACAGAAAACUAUUUAUGAUGGGAGAAUUUUUAAACAUGACAACUAUAAAUACAAACGUAAUACUUAACUGUGUACAUAAUGUACUGUAUCAAGUCAUCACUGUAAAUUACAAGGAAUAGGGUUUUGGUUUUGAGUACAUGUAGUUUUACUGUGCAUGUUAUUGGUGUCAUUUUGUGUUUUUAUACUGUGCUGCUGGGUAGUUACAUAUUAACCCUUUUUGUCCUCUGUGUUAUUGUAGUAGAUUGAAGUUUUUACUUGUUAACCUUGCCCUUGAAUCCAGCUCAAACGUAACCACAGUUGACAAAUUUGUUGUUACUUCUUAAUGCAUUGAUUAAUUUCUAUGGCAGUAUCCUAGAUAGAGGGUUAUUAGGGGAAGUGACAUGUGAAAUAGAGCAAUUCCAGAUGUAUUUGCCUAAAUCAUGCAUAUUUUUGUAAAUGUAGCAUGUGGCAAACAACAUCUCUGUUCAUACCAGUCUUAUAGGAUUGAAAAAAACUUGAAAGGCAGUGUUUUACUUUCACUCAAACUUGUUCUUCUAACGCAAGUGUCCCAAGAGGUUCUUCUUUUUAUUUUUUUUUUUUUAUGAGAGUAUGUAAUCACCUGUAAACUGUAAAGGCACUGCCUUGUAAAGUGUCGAGUUUGUACUUUCUUUCUUGGCCGAAACACUCUGUAAACUCCUGAGGCAGGCAGUUGCUGUGCCAGCACAAAUCACUCAGAAUGUUCAUCUUGGAGAUUGGGGAUUCAAAAUUCACCAGAAAGCAAAGAUAAAAUUAUCUUGUUUCCUCUUUAUUCUUAAAUGUUCCUGAAAGGACUGUGAUUUGAGAUGUGGGGAUGCUGUCAGUUUUUGUAACUGCGGAAACGAAUUGUUUAUAGUUGGUCAGAGUUUGUGAAAUGUAUAUUCUUUGUUGUUGUUGUUUUUUCAGCAAUACACGUUUAGACAUAGUCCUGUUAGUGUGACUAGCUCAUUGUAAAAUGAAACAUCUUUAAAGUGUACUUUUAUCUGUUGUACAAAAUAACAUGAAUGUCUUUUUUUAACUUCACUGUAUCUGACGGGAUUUGUUCAAGGCUUGGAAGAUGAGAACUUAUUUGUCAGGGCAAAGUACAGAUUAGGAUUCUGCUUGCUGUUGAUAAAGUAUGCAGUAUCCAAUGUGUUUAAAAUGAACAUGUCGGUAUUUUUUGUGAUGUUUUCUAUAGAUCAGAUCAAGUUGAACAAGUUUUGGCCCACAUUUGGAAUUUCCAUUAUUUGUUACGCUUGGAAAGCCCUGUGAUUGAAAUGAAAAUAUGUCUAUAUAUAAACAGACAACAGGCAGUUGACAUUUUCAGCCUAGAUAUCCCGUUUUCAGGUCCUGGAGUCUCCAGCAAAACUGAGUUGACCAGUCCAGCAAAACUUUUGUCAAGUUUCAUUGAAGACGUGUAUGUCAGUGGGCUAGAUAUAGCUCAGAUACAGCUUCCCUUGUUACCAAAGAUCUGUGGGCAGAUUCCUACAUUGCUGCUUUUGAGUUUCAUCCAUGUCAUUAUUCACUGCCUUCAAGGAGCGUUAGAAAAAUUCUUGCACCGUAAUUAAUGAUGAUUAGUUACUCUUGCACGUAUCUUUUCUUGCAGACUAAUUAUUGCAGUAAUUUUUAACCACACAUUGUGGCUUACAAUCAUUUCCAAGGCACCUUCUGUAGUACACAGUAGCCAUGAUUCCUUACGAUUUAUGUUUCAGCAUUAAAGGUUGGUUCAAAACAGUUUUGUGCUUUGUUAUGUUGCAGUCUUGUAACUGCAACCUUUACCUGUGGAAGGUAUCUAGAGCAUUUAUAAAAAAUCAAACUUUCUUUUGUUAUUUAUGUACACCUUGCAUUUUGUCUACAAUAAUGGAGAGGUAUCCAACAUAAAUGGUAAAAGACAAUGUAAACACAUAUGAUACAGAGAGUGUGAAAGCUGUGUAAAGAAACCCGUAACAAAUUUCAAAAGUUUUCUCUUUUUUUUUUUUUUCUUUUUCAUGUGGUAAGAGGGAUUUUUUUCCCCGAAACUUUCAGGUGUUUCAGGUGUGGAAGUGACAUGUUAUGCAUUUUGUGUUAACUGACAUGUCAGAAAUUACAUGUAUGUUUUGGGUAGCAUUUUCUAACUUCACUGAGCAGGCACGUCAAAGGGCAUCCCUAUGAAUAAAUGGAUAAUGCAAGACAAGGAAAAUUUGGCCACUUCUUCAUUACAAAGUUGUAUGAAAGGCACUGUGUUGUGCACGGCAGCUAUCUUUAACUGCUUUUGUUACAGAAGGGCAGCACAAUGGGUCUCCUCAUGUGUAUCCCUAUGGAACAAAAGCUCUUACCAGAAAAAAUAGCUGCCAUACACAACCUCUGGUGUUUUUCAUAUUUUUGAUAGCAUUUGACAAUUCUGGGCAGAUUUCUAGACAUGACCUCCAGAGCAAUAUGAUACAUAGCAAACAUACAUAGCAAAUGUUUAUACAUAGCAACCGCGCUUGCAGUUGAGUUCUUGAUGUCCUAUUGGAAGACCAAACUAUCCGUCAUUAAAAACUAGCUACAUUUCACACCACAGUUUAGAAAAGGCUGUCUCUUUUAUCAAAUGCAUGUGUUAGCAAGCAUUACAAACCCCCCCUUAAGAUUUGAAUACAAAGCCACACUUGUUCAGUUUUUGAGGCAUUUCAGCCACAAAAUCUGCAUAUUAAUGAGGCCGUAGUAGUUGCACAAAUUAGGGUAAUUCCUUGCAUAGCUUCCAUAUAAAAGAGAGACUCGUUAGCAAUACCUAUUCAUGAGAAAGGCCCUAUGCAUUCAAACCUUGUUAUUAACCUUUCUUAGCUACAUUUGGUGGGCUGUGUUCUGCCCGGUAACUCCAACAUAUGUUAGCAGUGCACGUUAGACCACUGUGGUAUAUAAUUAUUGAUACAGUGUACAAGUAAAAGAUUGUGUUAAAAGGGGUAUAUUACAAUCCUACCUCUCUAGUGAAAAAUGUCAUUUUGCUCAAAAACAUUUGCCAGCUACAGUUGAUAUUUUUAAUUCAGAAGGCAGGCCAUACAACAACGCUUCAAAAUGCUAGUUCUGAAUUGUUGGAUGUACGUGCUUCAUGGCAAUUACACCCUCACAGAGAUUUUAGAGAAAGGAUUGUCUGACACUGAAGCACCUUUGCCAUGUGCUGGGAAACUACCCAGAGGAACUCAAGGGUUUGAACAUUUUGAUGCAAAAACUACGCAUACACACUUUGUUCCUUGUGUGUGCACACCACGUAGUUCAUAUUUGCUCCAAUAGGAUACCAUUGUAUUGAUUAACAAAGUAUGGAGCACAGACCAUUCAAGAGUCUAGGAAAUUCAAGUGUGAAUGCUCAAGUGUAAUUUUUUUCAAGAGUCCAGACAUUCACAUCAACACUGGGUCAUAUUUCUCUCUGUAAAGAUGAAUCUAAGGUUCAUGCAUCCAAAUUCCAGGAGGCAUGUCUCGGUGUAUCGAUACAAUCAUCUGCUUAAUACUUGUUAGUGGAGAACUCAGUGAUGCUUAACAGUGGGAGGUGGGGUCAUAUGGGCCGUCUUAUAAAACUUCAAAAUUGAUCCAAGAAUUUCAUUUUAAUCAUGACUAUGCAUUUUAGAGACGUCCUCUGUCCACAGUUGUUUCAUACCUGUUCCUUGAAAAUUUAUGCAGAUAAACACGAUUCACUGGGAUUCAGCUUUACACAAGAUGACACAAAUUGGAAGUAUUUCCCAUCUGUAGGUUUGGGGGACAAAGGAUGCAGUAUUGUUUCAAUGAAGUAUCUUUCACAUGUAUUAAUAUUAUCGUCAUCAUUUAAUUUGUGUACAUACAGUGUGUAAAUAAAGUUGGUAUAAAUAUGAAA